CGCCCCUCCAGCGCAUCUUGCAGCCCGCCAACGAUACGUGGAGAUUUCCCCCUUCUCUCCCUCACCCUCUUCGUUUUUUUUUGUUUGUCUUUUUCACCCUCUUCGUUCCCUCUGCACCUCUUCGUUAUCCGGAUUUUCUGACCGUGCCUCUUUCUUGUGAAAUCGGCGCGUGGGGCGUUGCUGUGACCUCUCAGCGGACCAAAGUAAGCAGCGGAGAUCUCUUCACUUCGAAGGUCACAAGGGCUUCGGUUAGGGUGUUGCGCGUGAAACCGCUGCUGCUUCAACUCCAAGCUCGCACGUUUCGGAGGAGAUCGGGAGGGUCUCUCCCUUUGAGCGACAGAUCUGGUGACGGAGAAGGGUCGUGGGACAAGAGCUGCACGAAAACCCCCCCUCACUGCCUCUCUCCUCGCUGCAUCUGACUCUCGACCUCUCCUGAUCUCCACAAGGCGGCAACUCCCCGAAGAGAUCUCGUGUGCGAACCGCACCCCCGAAGCAGCGACUCUGCAACUCUCUCCUGGUGGUUUGGCAUGUCAUCGUCUUCAUCCCCCCCCCUCGCAGGUCGCAUCUGACCAAACCGACGUUUCCGCAGCCGCAACGUUCGACAUGCCGACAGCCAUCGCGUCAGACGGCGCCAGCAAGAUGACCAAGCGUGGGGUGAGUUCUUCUGGGACCACCACCGUGUGCCGCCAGCGCAUGUGGAGGUGGCUGGGGGGAGGUGCGGUGGCUGUGGUGCUGACGGUGGUGGUGGUGUUCUUGGCUGUCUGGCAAACGCGUAAGAGCUGGGAGAGUGGGGACCAGGAUGGCAGGGUGGAUGAGGGAGAUGCGGUGAGGGGCGAGAGUUUGGUUGGGAGUGACACCCUCCUGCCACAAGUGCUCGAAGAGUUCGUCGUCGAAACCCAGUGCGACUCGCUGUUCGACUGCUGUGACUUCUUCCCGUCCGACAACAUCACUGAAUCCGCUGAGGUAGCACCGACGCACACGCACACACGAGUACGGGUUGGAGGAUUGUCACCGUGUGGCUGUCUUGCGUGUCUACCUGUCUGUGUGUGGUCUCGCCAGGCAUGCAUCGCGCUCUUCAACGCCCUGCAGGUAGAUAGAGGCAUCACAGACAGUCACACCAGUCACACACAAAGCACCCGCCCAGCUACGCUCACUUCUUGUGUUUCCUCGUCCCUCAGAAAGUGCUGGACAAACAAGUGCGACGCAACCGCGGCAAGGGUGGCGGCGUCGCGCGCGUCGAGUCCACCGACAAGGGCAUCCUCUGGCAGUCAACCUCCGGCCGCCUGUACGGGGGGGCAGACGCACCCGACAUGACCCUUGACACGCUCUUCGAGAUCGCCAGCAUCACCAAGACCGUCACGGCAGCCGUGGUGCUGAAGCUCGUUGAGGCGGGGAGGAUCUCUUUGCGGGACGAGGUGGUGGACCUGCUGCCCGACGGUGCGGUUCCCGAGGGCCUGCUGACUGUCAACGGGACGGACGGGACGGUCAACCUGACCGUGUGGCACCUGCUGUCGCACCGGGGAGGGCUGCCCGACUUCUGGGACAACUGGAACUUCCUGGAAGAGUACGACGCCGACCCCAACUAUGACUGGACGCCGCAGGAGACCAUCGCCUGGGCCGCCGCAAUGGACAAGGAAUUCCCGCCACAGACGUCAAUUAAGGGUGGGUGGUGAUCUCGAUGCACACACGAAGGACGAUGGAAACAUACGCAGUACAGCCGCACACCCGUACAAGAGCUGUGUGCAUGAUGAUGAUCAACAGGCAACUUUGCGUACGGCGACACCAACUAUGUGAUUUUGGGUCUGCUGGUGGAGCACCUCACCGGCAAGGCGCUCCACAAGGUCUUCAGGGAGGCCAUCUUCGACCCACUGGACAUGAACUCCACUUACAUGAGCUACAAGGAAGAGCCCAGGUGAGCUGCCCUGACAAACCAGACGACCUGACAAACCACCCACACGCAUCGGGGGUAUGUUUGUGCAUGUGUUGGGUCGGCAGGACGGAUGCGCCUCUGUCGCACCGGUAUGGAUAUGACUCGGAAGACCUGCACAACGUCACAAGGCAGGCGGCCGACUGGGCCAGCGGAGGACUCAUCAGGUAAUGAAUACUACACACGAAUGACAACCUUGCUGUGUCCCGGCCCCAUUGCGUACACCUGCGAUGGUUUCGUAUGACUGAUGCAGUGACGUGCAUGACACGAGCAUCUUCAUCCGCGGCUUCAUGGAGGGCCGCAUUAUCAGCCCCGACACACUGGCAAACGCCCUCGACGCGGGGCAGGCAGCUUCCUCCUUCAGCAAUGCUGAAUGGAUCUACUACGGUAAAACGACCACUGACACAGGCAGACAGAGGGAGAGAGAGAGAGAGAGAGAGAGAGGAGAUGCUUUCAUUGGCACCCAUGCUUGUGGUGUGUGGGUGUGUGCGCGUGUAUCACUUUCUGCAGGUCUGGGUACGAUGGAGCUGCAGAUGGAUUGGAUUGGCCUCGGCUAUGUUUACGGCCACGUCGGUUACGGCAACUCGUACGCCUUCUACUCGCAGAAACGCAAACUGGCGGUGGUGGGCACUGUCAACAAUGAGGAGGGGGCUUGGACUCGCAGCGUGGUGCCCAUCCUCGAGGCCGUCGAGGCCUUCCUGCAGCGACAGUCACCUGCCUCUGAGUCAUAACUGAUAUGAAUGCAACGUGUGACGUGUGGGCAUUUAUCUGUCUGUCUGUCUGUCUUUUAUUGGUCAUUUCUCCAGCGAGGCUGCAUGACGCACACACUGACAGACAGGCGGUCGUCAGCCGGUGUGUGUGGCUUGUUGCGUGGCGGGACGGGAGUGUGUGUGUGUGUUUGCGUGUAUGUAUGUGUCGUUGAAAGGUGUUGCCAGCGCUCUGAAUGGAUGGCUGGGUGGGACUCUCACCUCCGUGUGGGAGUUAGUUUUACGGCCCGUGAGCUGCACGAGUUGCAUCGCGGGCGGCGUCGGUCGGUGGAUUUUUGAUCAUUGCUAUGUUGAUAGCAUGUGGGUGGACGAACAGUUUUCGGUUAUGUGUCGUCAGGACAUCAUCAUUUUGUAGCUUACCAGGUCCCUAUCACUUAGCCGGGCACGCAGCAGCUUGUCUCAGUCCGUCGUGCCGCAGAAUUGCGUGUCUGUGUGUCUGUCCGUUGUUGAUGUGAGCGUGUCUGUGUGUAUCUGUUUGGGUGCGUUUCUCUGUCUGUCAGUGCGUUUCUGUGUCUGUCUGUCUACUGUGUGUUUAUCUGUUUGUGUAUGUGUGGCUGAUUCAGCCAAAGCGUGUCCUACUCACGCAUCGCACGUGCCAAAGGCUGAGGCGCGGGCAUCGAUGUGCCUGCCUCGGCCAUGCACUGAGUGUCUGUGCAUGUCGCCAGUCAUGUUAGCUGUGUUUGGGAGAGUGGACUAUGUGAAACUGCCGUGGGGCAUUAAUUAAGGUGGCUGCU